CCAUCCAAGCGGUACGGAGUAGUCUACCUCGGUUUUGCAUCGCCUGCCCUAGCAAGUAACUGGACACGUUCGUCCUCAGCUUCAGUUUCAAGCUCCUGACAUUCACUCAGUCCGCCAACCUGCCGCAUCUCACCCAGUCGCUUGCCACAGAGCACUCCCACUUCGACUUUGCUGGUUGCCCACGAGAGGCUUGCAGCUCGACUGAUGGUCGAUUCGGAACCUUGCGAAUUAUACGAGAGAGACGCGCAUUCACCAUGGCAGACAUCGUGGAAGGAGUUCCCACAGCUCCGACUGUUCCAUCCUCAUCCGCAGCGCCGCCGACAUAGACGCCUGGCGGGCCCUCCAACAAGUUUCACCAUGCAAUUGCGGCAUGGAGAAGUACGAAACCUCGAUUUCACCACCCUAACCUCGAACCUCGACAACACGGCAUUGGAGAUCGUGGCGUACCAGCGCGACUCGACGGUCCAGCGCAAGGACCUUGCUCAGAAGACAAGACUUUCGCAAGCUGGAUGACCCAACAAAGUUAACCGAGAUCAAGGGCUUGCUCAAAGGUA